AUGACUUUACCGCGGUUGGGAAAGGCUUCAAGCUAUCCUUCCUCAGCCCACUCCGCGGAUGCUAUAACAGAACCGGUUGAACCAACUAAGCUCCCGAAGCCACUCGAUGUGCGGAUCCCAAAUAGGGUCGAGCAAGCGGGACCAUUCCCAUGGCCCGAGCGGUUCUUCAACAGAAGAAAACUUCCCAGCGACUGGGAGAAUACUCCAUGGCUUUACGCCACCCUUCGAGACAUGGAACAAGACCUAAAGUGCCCCGAAGAAGAAGAUAUAUUGCGCUCUUUGCGAACCGAAGAGAACUGGGCUCCAGACCAGUUCCGACUUGAUGUUUUCCUCGAUAUCAUCCAGGGAAGAACACUUCAGCAGUUGGAAGAAGAUGGAGACGGGGUGCCGGAAACCAAGGUAGCCCUCCUCAUUGAUAGCAACAACGUUGGCAGUAAACCGGAAUUCCGACCUCUUCUCGGAGGCCUAUCAGCAAGGCAGUUGUUGAGAGAGGCGACUAAAGAGCGCUAUGAACUCGAUUAUGAACAAUCUACUGUGAGUAGUGGCUUCGUCGAGGCAGAACGCAGGUUGAUCUACGUGGUUGACCUAGAUUCUUGGUCUAUUCUUGCUCUUCUUGGGUCCUCUCCGGAGUCUCUCUACAGAGAAGUGACUGAGUGCAUCCUUAACCACCUCUCAGCCAAGAGCGAAAUUGGGGUUUCUUUUGCUGUAAGACAGCACAAGAAGCUUCUUGAUGAUUUUUUACUAGCGUCUCGCAACCUAAGAGCUCAACAAGAAGCCGAGAGAAAGCUCAACGAGUGUGAGAUGAUGGUCAAGGAAGCUGGAGACGUUCUGAGGGAUCUGAAAAGGACCCUUGGCGAGACCCUAAGUAGCGCCGCGGUUUUCACGGAAACCGACGUGAACUACUUUCUACAUCAAGAUGGCCGAGUUGGAGAUGCUAUAGAUUGCAUGAUGCCUUUAUCUCAGAUCCGGAAAACAUUGAAUAAGAUGGGCCGGACUCACCGAGACAUCGGCGAGCUGCAAGGAACAUGCGAGUCAAUGCUCGAGAGUGGUAUUCGUGGGAGAAAAAAGUCUAUGUUGACACCGAAUAUGAAUGCGACGAAUACGCUGGAGAAAAGAAUGCUGUUGUGGAUAACAAUGAUGUCCCAACCACUCCUCAAUGUAGCCGCGAUCUUCAGCUGUGAUGGCAUUAUCACUUUUCCGCGGACAUGGUAUAAUUUUCUCUACGCUCUCUUCUUCAUGGUAGCUGCUAUGGGGUCUAUUGUGGUCUUAUUGCUCAAGUUGCUAGAAUCUGGCGUCAGCCUGUUUGAGAGCAGAGCUGGAGGCCAGAGUUCCGCAGAAGAGACUAGCGACUGCUCACGAGAACGCGGCGGGACAGGCCCGGUGGACGCCAGCAACCGCUUGCCACCCCGCAGAUCCACAUGGUGCACAAGUGGAAUGGGGCACAUCCAGAGACGACACGCAGGCGACAUUGGGCUUCUCGAUUUACCGGGCCGGAGCGUGUUGGGUCAACCUGCAACAAUAGGGCCGAGUCUCAACAAGCCUUCAACUGCUGUCUUGGCAAGACGCUAAAGCUACACCGAAGCUCUUGCUCAGGGGACCUGACAUAGAGUUUGGCACUUCGAGAGCACGCCCCAGAAGCCAUGCCAGAUAAUGACACCAGUACAUCUUACUCCGUCGUGUUCGGAACAAUAGGAGAUGUCAGCAAGGACCUGACCGCUCAAAUUACGGGAGCACUGCCAAAAGUUUAUUCGAGGGAGCUCUUGAAGUCUGGGG